AUGUCUACUUCACCAGCUGCUGUUAUUAAUCCAGUCGCAACAAUUAUACAACGUUUGCUAAUUACUAAGGGAAGAUUUUUUCAUUGUACACUAAAUGAUAAAAAUUUUUACUUAGUAACUUACAAAAUUAUUCAAGAAAAUUCAAAUUAUUACGAUGAAAAUGAUUCUGAUUAUAAUCUUAAUUACGAUCAUGAAUUUUUUUAUCAACAUUAUGCAACGAAGUAUUAUGUCAGGUGUAAAUUAUUAACUCAUCUAAUAGUAGAAGAUUUAUUGAAUGCUGAGCAGUUUGAUAUAAAUACACGAAAUAACGAAACACCGUUAUCUCUACAACAAAAAUUAAACCUUGAAGAAGGCUUGUAUAUAAAGCUUUAUUUACGUAUUUCACAAGGAACGGAUGAAAUUAUAAUGUAA